UUCUAAGGUGCUGGAUGACAUGUGGUGCUUCAAGCUGUUACUGUCUGAGAUGUCCUCCAGAUUAACUCACUGCUGUACUCUGGAACUGCUACCUCUCAUGGAGCUGCCAGCAGUCAAGAUUGGAAGGGCUAAACAAUUGUACAAUGCAGGAUUCAAGACUCUCAAUAUCUUGGCCAAGACUGACCCGAAGACGCUUGUUCAAGCUGUUGAUCACAUGCCCCAACGUAUAGCUCACCAGAUCAUUGCAGCUGCCAAGUUGAUGCUGUUAGCUAAAGCUGAAAGUUUACAAGAAGAAGCCGAGGAUGUGUUGGAAGGCCUCAGAGAAACUUCCAGGUGACGUCAAGCAGCCAACUAGUGAAAAUUAUAAGGCUUGUACAAUACACUACCAUCAUUACUUGAUGAAAGAACUAUCAAGGGAAACUUAACUAAGUAUUUGAACAAGGAGAAAAAUUCCAAUUAGCAGGUCCAUAUCUCCCAACUGGUAUACAAGGUGCAUUCGGAAAGUAAGUACUGUUUGAAAUAAAAACACAAACAGCCUCUUUUUUAUGAUAAUUUUGUUUUUACAUUGAAGAUUGUACCUUAAACCUUUUUCCAACAUAGUUUUCAACAUUUGUUAUACACUUUUCAUGGCAGGUGAUCAGCUUAUUUAAACAUUGUGCAACUAAACAUCUCACCAGAUGACAAGCACAGCUUGUGAUAACCUAAGCUAGUCCCAAAACAGUUCUUGAAAUUUGUGGAGAUUCAUUUUUCUUUUAACUAUGAUCAAAAUGUUACUUAAGAACAUAAAACAUACUAUUGCUAUUAAGAGCAUUUUGUUCUCCUAAAAUUUGCAUAGAAAACAUAAUUAUAGCAUUGAUAGAUA